CACACACACAGCUUCCCUCUCUUCCAUUCUUCCAUUAGCCAUCCAGUCAACAAGUCGUGCGCAGCGCAGUGGCAAGAGCUAGCUAGGAGAUUGAUCCGGCCUAGUUCUGUUCAGCAUGAGGAAGGUGUGCGCCAACCCAGACAGAGAGGUCGGCCUCGACACAGUGCUCGAGGUGCCCGUCCCGGACCAGCUCCACCACGAUCCGUCGUCGUCGUCGUCGGGCCACGGCCGGCGCCGGCGACGCACGCUCAAGGCGUGGGUGCGGUCGCGCAUGGACCAGCGCCACCGGCGGCACAGCUCGCCGCCUUCCCAGGCGGACGUGCAGCUCAUGCUCGGGGUGGUCGGCGCGCCGCUGGUGCCGCAGCCAGUGCAGGCGAGGAAGGCCAUGGUGGCCGGAGAGGACAUCAAGGAAGAGCCCCUUGAGGUGUCCAAGGCGAAGUACAUCGUGGAGCAGUACGUCGCGGCGUCUGGGGGCGAGCGGGCGCUGAGCGCGGCGACGAGCAUGUACGCGGUGGGGAAGGUGCUGAUGAGGACGAGGUCGUCGUCGACGACGACCAAGCAGGGGCAGAAAGCCCGCAGGACGGGAAUGGUGGGCGUGGUCCACGGCGGCGCCGAGAUCGCCGGCGGCCUCGUGCUGUGGCAGAAGGGGCCGGAGGUGUGGUGCGUGGAGAUGGUGGUGGCCGGCGGCACCAAGAUGAGCGCCGGGAGCGACGGCAGAGUCGCCUGGCGCCAGACGCCCUGGCAGCAGGCUCACGCUUCGCGGGGGCCCCCGAGACCUCUCCGUCGAUGCGUCCAGGGUCUUAACCCGAGAUCAACGGCGAACCUGUUCUCGACAGCCACGUGGGUCGGCGAGAAGAGCGUCGACGGCGACGACUGCUUCGUGCUCCGCGUCGACGCCGACCCGCUGGCCCUGCGCGCCCGGAGCGGCGACGACGUCGAGGUCGUCAGGCACGCCGUGUGGGGGUACUUCAGCCAGAGGACGGGGCUGCUGUCCCGCCUCGAGGACAGCCACCUGCUGCGCGUCCGCGCGACGAAGGGCUCGCCGCUGGCCCAGACGACCACGUACUGGGAGACUUCCAUGGACUCGUCCAUCGGCGACUACCGCGCCGUCGACGGCAUCAACGUCGCGCACGCCGGCCGCACCGUCGUCUCGCUGUCCCGGUUCGGCGGCAGCACCAACGACGACAGCGCUGGAUCCGAAUCGGCCGGCGUGCUCGGCAGGAGGACGUGCACGUGCAUGGAGGAGAAUUGGAGCAUCGAGGAGGUCGACUUCAACGUCGUGGGCCUGUCCGCGGAGUGCUUCUUGCCUCCUAGAGACAUGGUAGUAGUACCUUGCAGUCCUAAACCAGUCGACGAUGAGAAGGGGCAGUGUGGCCGCCUUGACCACAGCUGCAAGAAAGACGACGCUCCAGCUGCACUUGACGUCAGGAACAAGAACGGUAAUGGCGGUGCCGGUGGUGUCCAUCGUCCUGCGACGGCAAGAAAGGCUCUUGUAACGGCGGCGACAGGGCUACCCUGGUCCGGGACUGCCAAGGUUGUGGCCGUCGAAACCUUCGACACCACCGCUGAGUAAUUAGUAUUAUUACUUUGUAUAUGCUGCGUAGUUACGGAGGCGUGCGCGUGUUGCGCGCCCCGUACGUGACGUCUGGUAGCUGGCAAGAACAGUACCCUGUAGUUUCAUUUUGCUAUGUAUAGUGCACAGUACGAGAUAUGCGUAGAACCCAUGAACCUUUUUCUCCUCUGGAGUUCUACUGUUUUUCCAUAACCUGCAAGAAUACAUAUGCUGUACGGU